UCUUAUUUCCCACAGGCAAGCCGAGCAGUCCUUAUGCAUUACAUAGCACGGUUGAGAGUAUGGAAGACCAGGAUGGAGACUCGAGAGAACCGUCUCCUCUCACUGACGAAGAGUUGGUAGCCGGGUUCUCCGAUGUUAUCCUGGCCACCAUCCUGGCGACCAAGUCGGAAAUGUGCGGCAAGAAAUUUGAGUUGAAGAUUGACAAUGUCCGUUUCGUUGGCCACCCGACUUUGCUGCAGCACCCACUUGGACUCCAGGUUUCCAAGUUGGACCCGUCUCCAAAACGGGAGAUGCCGACCAUGAUUCUGUUCAACGUGGUGUUUGCUUUACGGGCAAACGCUGACCCCUCAGUUAUCAGCUGCAUGCACAACCUCUCGCGGCGGAUUGCCAUUGUCCUGCAACAUGAGGAACAACGUUGCCAGUACCUGACCCAGGAGGCCAAGCUGAUGCUAGCCAUUCAGGACGAGGUUUCCACCAUGUCGGAGAGUGAUGGCUCCCAGUCACCGUUCCAUCACAUCCUUCCCAAGUGCAAGUUGGCCUCCGAUCUGAAGAAAGCCUUUGACAGUCUUUGCACCACAGGUGUGGUCCACCUGCAUAUCAAUAAUUGGCUGGAGCUCAGCUUCUGCCUUCCUCACAGGAUCCACCGGCUGGGCCCUGACUACAUCCCUCCCGAUGCCAUCGAGCGGAGCCUUAAAGCUAUCCGGCCAUAUCAUGCCCUGCUGCUGUUGGAUGAUGAGAAGUCGCUGCUCAGCCAGUUGCCGGUCGACUGUUCCCCAGCAUUGGUGAGGGUCAUCAAGACUACAUCUGCUAUGAAGAACCUGCAGCAGCUCGCGCAGGAUGCUGACCUGGCUCUACUGCAGGUUUUCCAGUUGGCUGCUCACUUGGUGUACUGGGGCAAAGCAAUAAUUAUCUACCCACUGUGUGAGAACAACUUCUACAUGCUGUCCCCCGAUGCUAAUAUCUGCAUAUACUCUCCGCUGGUUGAACAGUUUACUCAGCAGUUCCCUGGGAACGAUCUGCUCAAUGUCCUCUCCAAGUUCUCUCUGCCGACCUCUCUCUCGCAGUUCAAGAACCCACUGGCCCCACCCAUGCAGGAGGCGCAGCUGGUUCAGAUGGUGAUCUGGAUGUUACAGCAUCGGCUCCUGAUUCAGCUGCACACCUAUGUCUGCCUGAUGGUGCCGCCCAGUGAGGUGGAUGUCGAGGUCCAUGAGGAAGAUAAGCUGCUGCCCUCUCGCGUCAGUGGGCGAAGCCUCAGUGCCCCCAAUGCUCUCAGUUUUGGCUCACCAACCAGCAGUGACGACAUGACCCUGACCAGCCCAAGCAUGGAUAACUCCAGCGCUGAGCUUGUUCCUGGAGGUGACUCACCACUGAACAAGCGCAUGACCGAGAACCUGCUGGCCAGCUUGACCGAGCACGAGAGGAAAAUGAUCCAGAACAUUCCAGCUGCCCAGAACCAGGAGGAUCUGCGUAUGCUUGCAAAACUCUUGCAUUAUUUCCGUGGCCGGCACCACCUCGAGGAGAUCAUGUACAAUGAGAACAUGCGACGCUCAGUGCUGCUGAUGCUGAUCGACAAGUUCCGCAGCGUCCUGGUUGUUCGCAAUCACGAAGAUCCCAUCAUUUCAGUCUUCCAAUCUCCCUUCGUGUGAAGAAACCUUGUUUUUGUUUCAACAAAAAUAAUAACCAAGGGACUCAGGUUGGUGCCAACCAUACACUGCCCAAAUAACAUCUCAAACCUUUUC